CAGAGCCGGUCCCAGCGCCGGGGCGGCCACAGCCCGCGCCCCCGCCCCGAGCGCCGCGACCCACCCGGGCCCGCUCCGCAACCCCCGCCCGCGCCCCCAGCAGCGGGGAUGUGACGCCGCGCCCGAUCCCAGAGCCCUUCGGGGCCGGCUCAGGAGAAUAUGAAAGUGUUACUCAGACUUGUUUGUUUCACAGCCCUACUGAUUUCUUCUCUGAAGACUGAUAAAUGUGAAAACGAGAGCACAAAAAUAACUUUAGUUUCGUAUGCAGAUGAAAUUGAUGUUCGUUCUUGUCCGCUUCCCCCAAAUGUAAAUAAUGCCACAGUAAUUUGGUAUAAAAAUGGCAGCACAACACCUGUAUCUAUAGAGAGAGACUCCAGGAUUCAUCAGUACAAAGAAAAACUUUGGUUUGUUCCUGCUAUGGUGGAGGACUCAGGAUAUUACUAUUGUGCAGUAAGAAAUUUAACUUACUGCAUCAAAUUGAAAUUUGUGAAGAAUGAGUCUGAUCUGUGCUACAAUACACAAGCUGUAGUUGAGGAGAAGUUGCCUGUGGCAAGGUCUGGACCCCUUGUGUGUCCUCAUGUGGAAUUUUUGGGACGUGAAAAUUAUGAGUUCUUCCCGAUGCAGUGGUAUAAGGAUUGCAAACCUCUGCUUCUUCCCAAUGCAAACUUUACUGGAGUAACAAAUAAACUCAUUAUAAGUAAUGUGAAUGAUGAACACAGAGGGAACUAUACUUGCCGUGGGAUGUACAAUCACUUGGGACAGCAAUAUUUUGUCACUCGGGCUAUACGAUUUGUAACCAUAGAGAGAAAAAUCUCCAGGCUUGCGAUUAUGAGUCCAGCCAACGAGACUAUGGUAGUGCACGUGGGAUCCCAGCUACUAUUGAUCUGUAAUGUAACUGGCCAAUGGAGCGAUAAUGUCUACUGGAAGUGGAAUGGGUCAUUAAUCACUGGGGAUAAUCCAGGGAUGAGCGUAGACUACAGUCUAGUGAAGAAUCCUUCGAGUCCCAAAAGCUAUACAAUCAUUGCAGCACUUAAUAUUUCAAAAGUACAACAUGAUUUUUAUCUAUAUCCAUUUUUCUGUACAGCUAGAAAUUCAAAUGGUAUGCAAACAGUCUAUAUCCAAUUAGCACAUCCAGUUCCUGAUUACCAGAAGCUCCUGAUUGGUAUUUUUGUCGUAUUAACCAUAGUGAUUGUAUGCUCUGUUUUCAUCUAUAAAAUUUUUAAGGUUGACAUUAUACUCUGGUACAGAGAUUCUUGCUAUGAUUUUCUACCUAAAAAAGCAUCAGAUGGAAAGAUCUAUGAUGCUUAUGUACUAUAUCCAAAGACCCUUGAGGAAGGCUCCACUUCCAAUUCAGACAUUUUUGUGUUUAACAUCUUGCCAGAAGUUUUGGAAAAACAGUGUGGAUAUAAGCUUUUUAUUUAUGGAAGGGAUGAUGAUGUUGGGGAAGACAUUAUCGAGGUCAUUAAUGAAAACAUAAAGAAAAGCAGAAGACUCAUUGUCAUUCUGGUUCAAGGAAUAUUAGGACUUAGCUGGCUGGGGAGUUCCUCUGAAGAGCAGAUAGCAAUGUACAAUGCUCUCAUUAAGGAUGGAAUCAGAGUUCUCCUGCUGGAACUGGAGAAAAUCCAAGAUUAUGAGAAAAUGCCCGAAUCCAUUCAAUUCAUUAAACAGAAGCAAGGGGCUCUCCGCUGGUCAGGGAACGUUGGAGAGGAGACACAGUCUGUGAAGUCAAGGUUCUGGAAGAAGGUCAGGUACCACAUGCCAGUACAGCGGAAGCCACAUCCAUGCGAACACCAGUUGCUGUCUGUGGCCCCGAGUCCAGAGUCCCAGGAGAGGCUGCCAAAGGACGUCCAUGUGCCUCUGGGGUAGCAGGGAGGAGAGGGGCACUGCAUGCUUGGUGCUCCUGUGUCACAGCAUUGACUGCAUGACUUGUAUGGUGACAGCAUAUACCUGUAGAGUCGCUCAUGCCCCAGGUCACCUAAGAUUGUUAAGGGACGAGGAUGUGGUACCAGUAGCGACCCAAGGCAAUUCAGAGUUCAGGUCUUGGAAAGUCCUUCUAUAAGGCAACAAAGACCCUCUUUGAAAGUUUGAACUGCUGCAUCUAGGGGCAGAACAGCAAAGAAAAGAUGGUCCAGAGAUUCUGAAGCAUUCACAUAUUCGAGGAGGUUGUUUGCAGGUUGAGGUGAGGGCUGUGGGCCUUCAGAGACUGUGCGUGUUGGUGGGGUCCUUGAAUGGCACCUCUGGGGGAGUGCGUGCUGCAGGUAAAUUGACACUGAUACUUCAUGGAGAACUGAAGCAUCCUUGGGAAACUGCCUUUGGCUCUGUUUCCUUGUACAUCAAUGGCAGGCAUUUCGUUUCCAGACCUGAAUUUUAUUUUUUACAGACUGCUAUUUUGGUGAAAGGGGGAAUUCAAGAAUUCCAAGGGUUUGAAAUAACCUUAGUUUUCCCUGAGAAAUAGAACUUUAAAAGCAAGAGAGAUGGAGAAUUGAUGCUUUCACCCUGCUAAGUUCAUCGUUCCUUUCUGAUACCUGCUAUUCUGUUAUUUUAUUGAACUCACUUGUUUGCAAAGUUCAACUUCCAUGUUACUUCUGUCUUCUGUUCUGUCAUACAGAGUCCACAGAUAAACUAAGCUUUUUAAAAAUGCCUUUCACAUCUGGUCUGAUGCUUGAUAAAACUUUUCUUCCGGCUCUUCCUUGUCCAGCAUUUAAAGCUCAGGUUUGUCAACAUUUCACCUGCUUUCCUUACCCCAAUCUCAGCCCACAGCCAUUCCCUCGGUCCUGUAUUCUCUCUCUCUCUCUCUCUCUCUCUACCUCUGGGGCUCCUCGAUCAUGCCUCUCUUGCCUGUCUCUUCAACUAGAUGCCUUCUAGAAAGUUCUCCAGUCAACCUAAAUUUAACUAAAAUUUGAAGUUGACUCCAGCUGUAUUUCCUUGACACUGACUGGCUCUCUCAUCUCAGUCUUGUUAUGUUACAUCAGCUGUCAAAGAGAAGGUUAGUUAUUUUACUUCGGACAGGAGGGAAUGGCCUGGUAUCUGAGAUGCCUUUAUAAGAAUGUGUACACCUGACAGAUUUGUAUAGUGCCUUAACGGUAUUUAAAAAUACCCACAGAUGAUCAUAUUUGGUUUUUUCAAAGAUCCUAAAUUUUGUAGAUGCUUUUAAAAAUUACAUUAGUGCUGGAGUUCCUAAGACUGGAAUCUAUGCUGUUGUCAUCCAGUUUAGUUUUCUAGAUAAUUGAUGUCAUAUAAAAACGGCCCCCUUUCAUUCUAUGCUGAACUUUUCUGUAAAGAAAUGAUUGUUUUCUAGCGAUGUGGCUGAGACUGGUAAUACUUUUAAUUAAGAAACCAACUCCAAAUUUAAAAUGUCAAUACUUAAAAAACUUUAUCUUAGGAAAAAUAUUCUUUCAUAUACACCUUUCCUAAGGGAAAAUAAGUCUUUGUAAGUCAAAAAUGAAGAAAAAGAGGUAAAAUUUAAAAAAAUUCAGAUCUUGGAUUAAUCACAGACCCCAGGUGGGCUGAAAAAAAAAAUUCAGAUCUUGAAAGAAUUUUUUUAGAACUUGAUAGUUGUCUUGAGAUAAUCAGAGGAGCUCUGGCAUACAACCAGGCAGGCCUUCACACAAUAUUUACUAACAAACAUGUCACUGUCACUGUCAUCCCGUUGCUCAUCUAUUUGUUCGAGCGGGCACCAGUAAUGUCUCUCAUUGAGAGACUUAUUGUUACUGUUUUUGGCAUAUCCAAUAUGCAUGGGUAGCUCUGCCUCGAGGGUGCGAUACUCUCAGUAGCUUGCCAGGCUCUCCGAGAGGGGCAGAGGAAUCGAACUCUGGUCGACUGCGUGAAAGGCAAAUGCCCAACCGUUGUACUAUUGCUCCAGCCCAACAAACAUGUACACAAUUAAAAGUCAAAUGGACAUAGAAAGACUUUUAAAAAAUUUAAUGCCAUACCUGGCAAUGCUCAGGGUUUAUUCCUGGCUCUGUGCUCAGGGAUCACUCCUGGAAGGAUAUAAGGGACCAUAUGUUUAUUUUUUUUUAAAAAAAAACCUGAGCUUUUUAAUAUUUUAUGAGUGAGCACAAACCUUUCUUUGGUAUAGAAAGGUUCCCUCAAAAUAGUCAGAGUUAGACAAAGACAAAGUUGAAAUCCUUUGAUUUUUUUCUUUCUACUUGUUUUCCCUUGGAUCCUAUCUGAAACCACUGGAAGGCAAGAUUUUUUUGGAAGCUGAUGUCUUCAAAGAAAAUGCCUUAUUUGGGGUCUGGAGAGAGCUCAAAGAGAAGAGUGGUCCUUGGCAUGCGGGAGCCCUCUUAAAUCCCCAGCAUCGCAUGGUUCCUCAAGCACUGCUGAGUGUCCCCCUGAGCACGGAGCAUCCAUGUGUAAGCCAACACAACAACAAAGAAAAUAUGUCUUUUCAUGUGGCUGUCACCAAAGACUGUAGCUGGGCAUUGGGUGAAAACUGACAUUUCUUCAUAAGAUCUAUCAGAUGUUUCAAACAUGAUCCUCUUUAGCCUGUCCUCUUAGAGGUCUGUUUCCGUGCAUAAGGCCACUCAUGUCAAUUGGAAGCCAGAUUAAUCAACGAAAUUGGCAGGAAAGUAAGGAGGGGUAGGGUCCAAUCAAGAAUCCCAAGUGGCAUUGCACUUGCAAUUUAGGGAGGGACAAGAGGAAAAUUUAGCCUGGAUGGAGGAUAAUUCCCAAAAGGAAAGUAAAAUGUCCCUUACUCUGUGACUCCCCAUCUGCAGAGAAAGGGGCUCUAGAGAAAUGAGGUUCAUUCCUAAUUCUUACAAACUUCUUUGCCUACUGUUCCACCCCAAACCUUUUUAAAGCUUUUUCCUUUUAGGCUUCUCAGCUAAUCAGAUUUUAAUGCAUUAUUCAAGCCAAGUAUUGAGGCAAGUUUGCACAGGGACUGAAGUCUGCAAAUUUCCCUCAAUACUUUCCACCAUAGAUUGCCACCUACUUAAACUGGCUUAGCAGGAAUUAGAUUUUCCUCCUCUUGCCUCUUGUUUGUAAUUAAAGGUAUUGAGCCAUUCUUUUUAUUGAGUCUUAAUAAAUUAUUUUUGUACUGGUUACAAAUGAAGGUUUUUAAAAAUUGUAUAAUUCAACAAAUAUUUUUAUAUAGUAAAAUACUAAUAGCGUACAGUAUGUAUCUUUGGAUCACUGGACUGUACCUGUUUUUCAAUAAAAUUGUCU